GGGGCGUGGGGAGGCAGGCCGGGAGCCUACGCCGCCGGGCCGAAUCGCCGCCCCCACCUCAGCCGGGACGGGAAGUGAGUCGCCGGGGUCCCCAGUGCAAGCCAACCGGAGAGCGGGUCCCAAAGCCGCCUGCACCAGGGCCAAAGCAUGGCGGCCGCCAAGGUGGCUUUAACCAAGAGAGCAGAUCCAGCUGAGCUUAGACCAAUAUUUUUGAAGUAUGCAAGCAUUGAAAAAAAUGGUGAAUUUUUUAUGUCUCCCAAUGACUUUGUCACUCGGUAUCUGAAUAUUUUUGGAGAAAACCAGCCCAACCCAAAGACUGUGGAACUUUUAGGCGGUGUGGUGGAUCAGACCAAAGACGGGUUAAUAUCCUUCCAAGAAUUUGUAGCAUUUGAAUCUGUUCUGUGUGCUCCCGAUGCCCUGUUUAUGGUGGCUUUCCAGCUGUUUGACAAAACCGGCAAAGGAGAGGUUACUUUUGAGGAUGUCAAGCAAGUGUUUGGACAGACUACAAUUCACCAGCAUAUUCCGUUUAACUGGGAUUCAGAAUUUGUGCAACUGCAUUUUGGAAAAGAAAGGCAAAGACACCUUAACUAUGCAGAGUUCACACAGUUUUUGCUGGAAAUACAGUUGGAACAUGCGAAGCAGGCCUUUGUGCAACGAGACAGUGGCAAGAACGGAAAAGUCACAGCCAUCGACUUCCGGGACAUCAUGGUCACCAUCCGCCCCCAUGUCCUGACUCCUUUUGUUGAAGAAUGCCUUGUAGCUGCUGCGGGAGGCACCAGAUCCCAUCAAGUUAGUUUCUCCUACUUUAAUGGAUUUAAUUCUCUCCUUAACAACAUGGAGCUCAUCAGGAAGAUCUACAGCACUCUGGCUGGCAGCAGGAAAGACGUGGAGGUGACUAAGGAGGAGUUUGCUCUGGCAGCCCAGAAGUUUGGUCAGGUUACACCCAUGGAAGUUGACAUCUUGUUUCAGUUAGCUGAUUUAUAUGAGCCAAGGGGACGCAUGACCUUAGCAGACAUUGAGCGGAUCGCUCCCCUGGAGGAAGGCAUGCUGCCCUUCAACUUGGCUGAGGCCCAGAGGCAGAAGGCCUCUGGUGAUGCGGCUCGGCCUUUUCUUCUCCAGCUCGCAGAGUCAGCCUACAGGUUUGGUCUGGGUUCUAUUGCUGGAGCUGUCGGAGCCACCGCUGUGUAUCCUAUUGAUCUUGUAAAGACUCGAAUGCAGAACCAACGGUCCACUGGCUCCUUUGUGGGGGAGCUCAUGUACAAGAACAGCUUCGACUGUUUUAAGAAGGUGCUCCGCUAUGAAGGCUUCUUUGGACUGUACAGAGGUUUGCUGCCACAGUUACUGGGAGUUGCCCCAGAGAAGGCCAUAAAACUUACAGUGAAUGAUUUUGUGAGAGAUAAGUUCAUGAACAAAGAUGGCUCGGUCCCACUUUCGGCGGAGAUUUUGGCUGGAGGCUGUGCAGGAGGCUCCCAGGUAAUUUUCACCAAUCCUUUAGAAAUUGUCAAGAUCCGCUUGCAAGUGGCUGGAGAGAUCACCACUGGCCCCAGAGUCAGUGCUCUGUCUGUGGUGCGAGAUCUGGGCUUCUUCGGCAUCUACAAGGGUGCCAAAGCGUGCUUUCUGCGGGACAUUCCUUUCUCGGCCAUCUACUUCCCCUGCUACGCACACGUGAAGGCUUCCCUUGCCAAUGAAGACGGACAGGUCAGCCCCGGAAGCCUGCUCUUAGCUGGUGCUAUAGCCGGUAUGCCUGCAGCAUCUCUAGUGACCCCUGCUGAUGUUAUCAAGACUAGAUUACAGGUGGCUGCCCGAGCUGGCCAGACCACUUACAGCGGUGUGACUGACUGCUUCCGAAAGAUACUGCGGGAAGAAGGCCCAAAAGCUCUGUGGAAGGGAGCUGCUGCUCGUGUCUUCCGGUCCUCGCCACAGUUUGGUGUCACCUUGCUGACUUAUGAGUUGUUACAGCGAUGGUUCUACGUCGAUUUUGGAGGAGUGAAGCCCAUGGGAUCCGAACCAGUUCCUAAAUCCCGGAUCACUCUGCCUGCUCCCAAUCCUGACCACGUAGGGGGCUAUAAACUGGCAGUUGCAACAUUUGCAGGGAUUGAAAACAGGUUUGGACUUUACCUACCUCUCUUCAAGCCUUCAGCAUCUACCUCAAAAGUGACUGCUGGGGGCCCGUAGGCAGACUGACCUGGAUGUGGCUGUUGAACGGUUGGAACUGCAGGGAGCCCCAUCUCAGAAUGAAGAGUGGCUUAACCCCUUCCGCAUCUGUCUCAUUUAAAUUCAGGUCAAGGCUUUUUAUAUUAAAUGCAAUCAUUCAUUUUCUGGAUGUUUUUGUACCAAGAUCAUGUGGAAUUAUUCCUAAUUAUUCUUUGGCCCUCUGCCCACAAACCUAUGUUUGUAUCUUUUAUACACUGGGAUUUGGGCACCACUAACUUGAUCUGGAGUAUGUCUGAAGGGAAAUUAGGGAUGUCUCCUACCUGAAUCAUGGUCUCACUGAGUCUACUGAAAGGCAACCAUGGUUCCUAAAGCGAAGAGUUCUGAGGAUGUUUAAAGAAGUAGAAGGCUGGGAAUAUAUUUAUAAAAAUGAAAAACACUGUAAGAAAAAAAAAAACAAAUAUCUAGCCUGGACUCAAAUUUUAAACAUGCACAAA